CGGGACAAAAACGCAACCCAUCUUUCCCCACAUCAAAUCUCAUUUGUAGACCAUGCCUCAAAAGCAAUCCUUUCUCCAGGCUCUCGCAGCCGAUGAACACAACCAAACCAGCUUUCUUCAAAAGUUUGUACAAGCCCCAUCCCCAAAUCCACCCGGGGACAUAAGCAAAGCAACAGCAGUCAUCGGAGAAUAUUUGUCCAGCAAGAACAUCCCCUACGAAUUCGUCGACGUCAACGGAGACGGCAAAGUUAAUGUAGUAAGCGACUUUCAAGGCGGAAAAGGCCCUGGUCCCCGCGUUGUGCUGAACGGCCAUGUCGAUGUUUUCCCUGUUGGUGAUGGUAGCGGCUGGUCUCGAGAUCCUUGGUCGGGUGAUAUAGUCGAUGGAAGACUCCACGGGCGCGGAGUCGUAGACAUGAAGUCUGGAACUGCUUCGCUCAUCAUUGCAUAUGCCUUUCUGUGCGAGCGUCGCCAUCUCCUGUCGGGUAGUGUUGCCCUUUGCGCUGUCGCGGAUGAAGAGACGGGUGGCAAAUGGGGUACCAAACAUCUCAUUGAGCAAGACAAGCACCGAUGGGGAGGUGAUCUCAUGCUGUGUGCUGAGCCAGGCGGCCUUGAGACUAUCAGAUUCGCAGAAAAGGGAACGCUGCGAUUGACAUGUACUGUUGAAACCAAAGGUGCGUUGGGGCCAUAUCUUCAUCUCAGUAAGGGCGCUAUCCGAACUGCCAGCGCUUUCAUCAAUGAUGUUAUUAAGUCAGUGGAAUCACUGCCAGUCGAUCUACCAGUCGAAAUGGAGAGGCAUCUAGAAAAGCCGGAGGUCAAGCGAGCUAUCGAUCAAGCAAUGGGCCCUGGAACUACAACAAUAAUUGCUCGACCGACUGUUAAUGUUGGCACAAUUAAGGGCGGUCUCAAAGUCAACAUGAUCCCAGAAACAUGUAUCUUCGAGCUGGAUAUCCGUAUGCCUGUAGGGAUGCGAGAAGACACGAUCUUGGAGCUGAUUGGCACUAUCAUCCCGCAAUACGAGCCCGCGAGAAUUGCGAUCCAGAAGCACGCUGCUGCCAGUAAUCGUUUUAAUUACUCGGUCAUCGAUCAUCCCAUCGUUGAUCUUCUCAAGGACAACGCCAAGAGCCUGCAACCAAAUGCUGAGGCUCCUAUUCCUAUCCCCUCGAUGGGCGGAUCAGAUUGUAAGCAUUAUCGGUAUGCUGGCAUCCCGGCUUACAUCUUUGGCUGCAGCCCAGCAACAAUGGCGUCUGUGAAUGAAUCGGCGUCAAUUGCAGAGUUUCACCACGUUACAAAGGUACAUGCCUUGGCUGUCUGGGAUUAUUUACAUCGUCAAUAAGAUCUAAACUAUGAGCUCCAUGUGAUAUCUAUGGCCGAGGCCUAGGGCUGAGAGUUUAUAUUCACUUGGCAUGACUAAGAUUAGGGAGUGCCCGGAAGAUGCUAUCCGCGGUUUUGGAAUGUAGUUUAGCCAUCAAUACAGAUCUCAAGAGUAUGUGGACACAAGAGUUUAAAGAUUAUGGGAUCAAUCGAUAGCAUAUAAUGGCCUACUAACAGUGUCUAUCUCCUGGCUUCGCAAGGGGCUCAGAAGCUCGAAGGGCCUAGCUCCCUGAUAUAUGGAC